AAGCCCAGCAGACGCUGGAUCUAAAGCUGGAGCUGUAGAAGAGCCGAAGCAGAAGAACGAGAAGGAUGAUAAGAGCCCUACAGAAGAGGCUGCUGGGAAAGUAGAGAAGACCAAAGAGGAAAAAUCUCUUGACCAGCCGAGCAUGGACGGAAUGAAGCUGGUCCUGAAUCAGCGUGGAGACACCUUCAACUUCACGUUUCACCUCACCAUGGGAGCUCAGGAUCAGGGUCUGUACAACCUCAACUUCCAUUACUGCUCCAACUCCAGACCUGGUGCAGUCAAGCCCUACUCCCUCAGUGUGGAGAUCAGGGAGAAGAACACAGAUGGUUUUCUCUCGGCUUCUGAGAUUCCUCUGCCGCGGCUCUACAUUAGCAUGGCUGCACUGUUCCUCACAGCAGCCAUCAUCUGGACAUCAACGCUGCUCAAACACAAGUACAGUGUGUUUAAGAUCCACUGGCUGAUGGCAGCACUCGCCUACACAAAAGCCGUGUCCUUGGUUUUCCACAGUAUUAAUUAUCACUUCAUCAACAUGGAGGGUCAUCCUAUCGAAGGCUGGGCUGUAAUGUACUACAUCACUCACCUCCUGAAGGGAGCGCUGCUGUUCAUUACUCUGGCUCUAAUAGGAACCGGCUUUGCUUUCAUCAAGUACAUUCUCUCUGACAAGGAGAAGAAGAUCUUCAUGAUCGUCAUCCCUCUACAGGUGUUGGCUAACGUGGCGUACAUCAUCAUCGAGGAGACGGAGGAAGGCUCGAGUGAGUACGCACUGUGGAGGGAGAUCCUGUUCCUCGUAGACCUCAUCUGCUGCGGAGCCAUCCUCUUCCCCGUUGUCUGGUCAAUUCGACACCUGCAGGAAGCCUCUACUACAGACGGCAAAGCUGCCAUGAAUCUGGAGAAGCUGAAGCUCUUCAGGCAUUACUACGUGAUGAUCGUAUGUUAUAUCUACUUCACGAGGAUCAUCGCCAUCCUGCUGAAGGUCACUGUACCCUUCCAGUGGCAAUGGUGCCAAGAGUUCCUGAUAGAGGUGUCCACUCUGGUGUUCUUUGUGUUAACGGGCUUUAAGUUCCGCCCUGCAUCUAAUAACCCCUACCUGCAGCUGCCCCAGGACGAGGAGGACCUGGAGAUGGAUGAAGUUGUGACUGAGUCGGGGGUGUUGGAGGGCAUCUCCAAGGUGAAGAAGACAUCCAACGGCCGUGAGAGACACAGAGAGCCUGCCUUGUGAUGAGGACACUCUGGGGGGAGGAGCCUGGACUGUUAAACUCCACCCCCUUUAUCCAGCCAUUCCGCCUACUUUUGCUUCCGAGACAUCUAAAGAAGCGAUUGUCUAUGCAAGAAAAGGGGGAGGAGGAGGAGUAGGGCUCUCGCUGUGUGUGUGUGUGUGUGUGUGUGUGUGUGUGUGUGUGUGUGUGUGUGUGUGUGUGUGUGUGUGUGUGUGUGUGUGGGGUUGUUCUGAAUUGUUACGUUAUAAGGAAAUAAAAAUUGUCCUGAUUAAAGAAAAAGGGGCCAAGAGCAGAGCCGAGGGGGACACCGGUUUCAUCAAAUGAUCAUAUUUUCUCCCCUUUAAUAAGUGAUCUGAUCUCUAAUCUGAUCUGAUCUGUCUCACCCUCCUCUCUUUUUCCUCCUCCUCCUGUUUUUCUCUCCUUAUCCAAAGAUUUACAAUCAUUUAGAAGAACCUUCUUUAUAGGAACACUUUAGCCAAACAAAAAAAUGAAACUCUAGGAGUCCAAAAUCAGUCAGACAUUGAGUCUGGUGUCUAAUCAUUUACCUCUUCAUAUAUCACAGGCACUACGAGGCUUACGUCUGAUGAUUCAUGUCUACAGUUUGUACAGGGGCUAAAUGAAGUGUUUAACAUUGUUAGCCUGUCGUAGCCUUUUGCAGUGAAGAGGAUUUGAUUGUUUUGGUGAAUUAUUUUGUUUCCUCACGUUCCUUCAGCUGUGUUCGCUCAUAAUCGAACCUGAAUCGCUUCCUCUUUAUUAUUGAACUGAUGAUUAUUUUUGCGUGUUUUUGGUUUUACUUCUAACGUGGUGGUGUGUUUUCAAAAAACUUUCUCUCGUCUCUUGUCUUGACUCCAUCAAACCCUUGAACCUCAGCCACAAGGUCUGAGGGACCCCCACCCCCCCCCCCCCAACCAGAACUAGCAAAUAGCAAAGUUUUCUAUUUGAAGAUUUGAAGAGGGAACAAGGAUCUCUGUAGACCUCAUUUUAGAGAAGCACAAUUUAACAAAGUAAAGGCAUUCUGGCAGAGUUUCCUGUUCAGAAUGGUGUGAGAAUAAAUAAACUCCUUUGCCGCUUUGCUCUCACACUAGCAUGCUAGCUGGUUAGAACGUUCGACCGUUGAUCUCAGGAUGAGUUUUAGCAUUUACACACUUUUUGGCUGGCAGUAUUGAGCUAAACUCCCCCAGCGCCAGGUCCAGAAUCAAGUUAAUGUGUCUGGUUUAGAAAAUCUGGUUUAAUUGACAUCUGGUAGCCCCACCCCCUUUAUGUCAGUAUGAUAUAAUUUCCUGGAAGUUUGGUAGGUUUUAAUGAACUGAUCUAGCGAAGUGAAUCACCGGUCAUCUGGUUUUCAUUGUUUCAAGAUCAGGAUAUUGAGAUGCCACUAAGACAGUGGACUAUGAAUCACUUUCGCCCGAGUGUUCAGCUCAUCCUGCUUUAAUCUACCAGUUUAUGCUAGCUAGCUAUUCACCCAUCCCUGCUCUGCUAAUCCUGACCCAUCCAGCACCUAGCACUAGCUAACACCGAGUCUUUCCGCUAACGCUUUUCUUAAAAAGACACCUCGUUAUCGCCAGACCACCAGAGAAUACUAAUAACUCAUGAUGUUCAGCUGCGUAUGAUGAUCAAGAUGUUCCUGUUGUAGAAUCUGGACAUGUUCUUCAAAGCUGCAGAGACUUUGAUGUCACAUGACCAGCUUUCUAACACUUCGAUUGUGAUUUGGUACUGUUGUGGAUCCGAAGCCGUGAUGAUGUUAAUAACAAGCUAAUUAUGUCAAAAUAACACGUUAUCGCUAAUACAGGUGUUAAUGACCAGGCUAAUGUUAGCCCUGGUUUUUUAUGCUAAUGGUUACAGAAGUGAGAAGUGUUUACAGUGUGGUCUUUAAAUGAAACCGGAGCAACACGAUGUCCUGAAUACCGAGCAAUGCCUUUUCUCAGAGUUCACGCCGUUCCGGACGGCUCGAUGAGUGAUUUCAUUGUUUGUCGUGUUUUUAUUUUUGUUGGGGUUUUUUGUUUUGUUUUUGUUUGUUUGUGGUGACUCGGAAUUCUUUUUCUUCACUCCGCUCUUCAUUCACUCCGAGGAACACCUGAGGAACAUCUAUGUUCACUAUCAUCCUGGACACCACCACUGAUUAGAGGCUUAUAGCGCUACCAAGGGCUGUGAAUUUUGUAGAUGUUUCCUGCUAGCUUGAUUUCUCUUGCUAGUUUAACGCGAUGAGUGUGAGGAUGUUUCAAAUAAAAGGAAGUGAAAACAC